AUGGUAGACUGCACUAAAGCCAAGCACUCUGAAGAGAUGAGCAUGAUUGUGCGUCAUGAUGUCCCACCCAACACUCCUGCCGGUGCCUCGGCGGUGGUGCCGUGGGGCGCAGCAGAGCCGAGAGCUGAGGGCGCGGGGCUGUCUUGCCUUCCCGCCUGGGUGAUCAGGGCUGCUUGUUCGUGGUUUGGCCUGUUCCGCGUGCGAGUGCUGCUCUUGCUGUUGCUCAGGCUGUUCUCAGCGAAGGCUAUUCUAAUUUUCUGCUGGGUUUAUGUGCGCAAGUAUCAGAGUCGGCGGGAAAGUGAAGUGAUUUCUACCAUCACAGCUAUCUUUGCGUUGGCAGUUGCUCUUAUCUCAUCAGCGCUACUACCAGUGGACAUCUUUUUGGUUUCAUAUAUGAAAAAUCAAAAUGGUACAUUUAAGGACUGGGCUGAUGCUAAUGUUUCAAGACAAAUUGAAGACACUGUACUUUAUGGAUACUACACUUUGUACUCCAUCAUACUGUUCUGCGUCUUUCUGUGGAUUCCCUUUGUCUAUUUCUAUUAUGAGGAGAAGGAAGAAGAUGAUGGCAACACAUGCUCACAGGUUAAAACUGCACUCAGAUACACUAUGGGAUUCAUCACAGUUUGUGCAGUUCUUCUCUUAAUUGGUGCUUUUGUUCCUCUGGAUAUUCCCAACAAGAAGAAUUCCACAGAGUGGGAGAAAGUGAAGCUCCUGUUUGAAGAAUUUGGAAGUAGUCAUGGCUUGACUGCUCUUUCAUUUUCCAUUAGUUCCUUGACUGUGAUUGGAAUGUUGGCAGCUAUCACUUACACAGCUUAUGGUAUGUCAGCUCUGCCUCUAAACUUGAUUAAGGGAACUACCAGUGCGGCUUAUGAACGUUUAGAGAACACUGAAGAUAUUGAAGAAGUGGAGCAACAUUUAUUAAGGAUUAAAUCAAAGUGCAGAGAUGGUCGGCCUCUGUCAUCAAGGGAUAGGCGGACUGUACAACAACUAGAAGAGAGGCUAAGGACACUUCGAAGAAGAGAGAGGCAUCUGGAGUCUAUUGAGAAAAGCUGGUGGACAAAGUUCUGUGAAGCUAUCCGACCUCUAAAGAUUGUGUGGGGAGUGUUCUUCAUCAUCGUGGCACUGCUCUUCACUGUCUCUCUGUUCUUGUCAAAUUUGGACAAAGCUCUGCAUUCAGCUGGCUUCGACUCGGGAUUUAUAAUUUUAGGAACUAAUCUGACCAAUCCACUGAAUAUGCUGUUACCUGUUCUUCAAACAGUUUUUCCACUUGAUUAUAUUCUUAUUACAACUAUUGUUAUGUACUUUAUCUUCACUUCAAUGGCAGGGAUUCGAAAUAUGGGUAUAUGGUUCUUCUGGAUAAGGCUUUAUAAAAUCAGACGAGGAAAAACUCGACCUCAAGCACUCUUGUUCCUCUGUAUGAUACUUCUGUUGAUAGUUCUUCAUACAAGUUACAUGAUCUACAGUCUUGCACCUCAGUAUGUAAUGUAUGGAAGCCAAAAAUACCUGGUACAGAGUAAUAAGACAAUUGAUGGUCAGCCGAGGAAUGUGACAACAUUUGUAUCUAAAGACUGUGAUGCAGAUGCACCUGAAGAUCAGUGUAUCGUUACUCGGACGUACCUCUUUCUUCAUAAAUUUUGGUUCUUCAGUGCUGCCUAUUACUUUGGGAACUGGGCAUUCAUUGCAGUCUUUUUAAUUGGAUUAAUUGUUUCAUGCUGCAAAGGCAAGAAGUCAGUCAUUGAAGGUGAAGUGGAUGAAGAUGAUUCAGACAUGAGUGAUGAUGAACUGUCUGUUUAUUACCGUUGAUAACCUUUUGCCUUCAAGAUGGAAAAAUGUAGCUUAAAGUUAUGUUGGAAGUCAUACCCAUGUGGAAUUGGUAUCCAAAUAAGCAUCCUUGCACCUGUAAAAAUAGAGGAAAUAAGUGUAUUCACUUAAAGGGGUAAAAAACUGAAUAUCACUUUCUGAGUGUCACUGUUAUAUCAGAACAAAUACUGAAGCUGGGUUUGAAUAAUAUAUAGAAAAUAUUGUUUUAUGAUUAAACAUAUAUGUAACUUUCUGAUGUAUAAUUUGAUGAACUAUUGUAACUAUUUCAGAAUUCAUGAUGCUUUUCUGUUAACUUAGAUUUUCUUAAAUACUUUCAUGUCUAAUUUGUAGGACUUUUUUACUCAUUUAUUCAAGCUCAUAAAUAAAGCUAGCUAAAAUCCUGCAAAACAGCUGGUGUAAAUAUUGCUAGAAAAAUUUGGAUGAGGUUUAUGCUUUCAGAAGGGUGUGACUUAACUUCUGCAUUAGUUUUGCUGGCAUUUCUGGGACUCCCAUAUAAAACUAUAGCUAACAAGAGGCUGUCUUUAAAGUGUGCCAAAAACAUCUACUGAAGUGGUGAGUUCCCAGUCUGUGAAGAAUAAGUCACUUUCAUACUGUUAUCUCCACUGAGUUACCAUGGGAAUUUCCUUAACUAUGAGGUGGCUUUUGCUCUGUCAAAGGAAAUCAUUAGUGUAGAUGACAAUAUUCAGUAUUGUUGCAGUGUUUUAGUACAGUUUGGUUCUGAAACUGCCAGGUGCCUGACUUAAUAAUAACCAAUGGAAUAAUUAAGAUGUGAUUAAUUUUUAACUUAUUUUUCUCUUUAAUGCAAAUUGUCUAGUUUGAAGUUUUCUUUCAAUAUUUAAUGUAAAUGUUGUAAACUUGUUUACAAGCCAAUAUGUUUAUAUAAACACAGUUCAUAAAUAUUUUUGUCAUUCAUGUUGUCUUUGUAAAGUAAUGUUAUUUUAGCUAUAUAGUUACUGAGCUAUAUUUCUAAGGCUGAAAAAUAUCUUCAGAUAUCCUUUGAGAGACUCUGAAAAAGAAUGUUUACAUUUUCUGAAGUACAGGAUUUUAAACUUCUAAUGCUACCUGAGGGAAAAUUACAGUCCAUGCAAGCACAUGGAAAUGUAACUUAGGUAAUCUUUUUUUAUAAGAAUAAUUGUUAAAUAAUUUUGGAAAUGUAGGAGAGAUAAUAUAGUGUCCUGCUUACAUGUUUGCAAACUCUUAAAACUGACAGGUUUCUGUUCAGUUAUUUCAAAAACAGUCUGUGUCUUCCUGCAGUAUUUCAGAACAGCAAGCUCUCAGGAAGUUCUGAAUUUUAAUUCAGUUUCAGUAUUUGAAGAAGUCUUAGGUGAGUUGCUUAGUUAAUGCAUGAACACAGGGAACUGAUGUUUGGACUCUUACAGGAACAAACAACACUGAAGUAUUUUAACAAGCCUUCUGUGCCAUCUACUCCAAUAAUAUACAUUUAUGUGGCAACCUGGAAGAAUGUCUGUUGUAGCUUGAUCAAACCUGCUAAUACGCAGUCAAGUCUGCUCAACUCAUGGCAAUCAAUCUGUUUGCUACCUAUGAGACAUUUGAAAGGACAGAAAUGUAUUCAAACACUGAUAGUAGGUACUGAAACUUGACUAGGCAGUCUGAGCUCCCUUUGACUAGAACUAGCUGAACACUAUUUAAACAUGACUGUUGAGGAAACUUGCAAGUAAUUAUUUAUAAGUUCAAGUAACUCAAAUGGAAGGUGGAACCUGAUGUUGACUGUCUGGAAGCUGCAUCCAGAGGAUUUCAAGAAGUUAGAGUAUACUUUGUGGAUGUCCUGGUGGAAAACUUACAUGAGCUAAUU